CAUCCCGUGGAUUACUGUAAUCCACUCUCUUGUCCCGCUGCUCACUCAUUUGUGGGUCCAGUCUGGUGUGGAAGCAGGUUGGAAGAUGGCACUCAACAUACGGGGUUCUUUGAUGGCUCUGCUUCUUCUAGGAACUGACGUGCUCAUCAGUAUUCAUGCUCAAGAGACCAGUUUUUCCGAGGCAUCGACCAGCAAGUCCUGCAAAUGUGGCUGUGAUGGAGGCGAAUCUCCAACAGAGUUUUCCAUCAUGGGGUCUGGCUCUAUGGUGAGAGGAGUGGAUUGCAUGCCAGAGUGUCCGUAUCAUCGGCCUCUGGGAUUUGAGGCAGGAUCUGUGAGUGCAGACCAAGUCACCUGCUCCAACCAGGAGCAGUACACCGGCUGGUUCUCCUCAUGGCUCCCAAGCAAUGCCAGGCUCAACAGCCAAGGUUUCGGGUGUGCAUGGCUUUCCAAAUUCCAGGACAACAGUCAGUGGCUCCAGAUCGACCUGCAGGAGGUGAUGGUUGUCUCAGGCAUUCUCUCCCAGGGUCGCUGUGAUGCUGAAGAGUGGGUCACCAAGUACAGUGUUCAGUACCGCACAGAUGAGAAACUCAACUGGAUUUAUUACAAAGAUCAAACUGGAAACAACAGGGUUUUUUAUGGAAACUCUGACCGCUCUUCAUCCGUCCAGAACCUCCUGCGGCCACCCAUUGUAGCACGUUACAUCCGCAUUCUCCCUCUGGGAUGGCACACUCGCAUUGCUCUGCGCCUGGAAUUGCUGCUGUGCAUGAAGAAAUGCAUGUGAACCCUGAAACCCUCUGAAGCAUUGUCCCAAACCCUGUGUGGUGUUUGAUCAUGUAUUCAUCCCCUGAAAAGCAAAUCGACCCAGAAAUAUUCACAACCCCGAGCGUUGUUACACCCAACAUGCUUCCAUGAAAACAGCUCUGUUUGAUAUGUAUGAUAAGCUUUCAUUUAGCCCGCUCCACAUUGUCUCCCACUGGGCCUCUAUUUUCAAGAGUUCUCAAUUGGUGGCUCAGUUUGCAGUGAAAUGGCAUAAAUUCAAAGCAAUAAUUAGUGGUUGAGCAGAAGAGGCAGCGUUGCUAUGAGCGCUUUGUUGCCACAGGUUUUUGCUGUUAUGUGACAAGUUUUUCCAGCCUCACUGAACUAGACAGACAUUACAUUAAAAAUUGACUCAUAUUAUGAUUUACAUUUAUAGGUGUCACAUAAAUGCAACAAACAAUAGAACUAGCUUUUUAACAACAACUUUUCUGAAGUUAGAGCCAGUCUGAUGGUAUUUUAUUCCCUGUAAAAGUCAGAAGCAACAGGUAUCCUCAUGCAUUGCUCUUGUCUUUAAUUAGAGACAGUUAAUAUGUUUUAAAAAUAAUUAUGAUCUUUCAUAAUGUCACAUGAAUCUCAGGGUAGCAAAUUUUUUUUUUGUUCUUUAUUUUUUAACUCUUGUUUUUCAGAUAAUUCUAAGAGGAAUUUUCUAAUACAUGGGUCAUACCAAGAACCCACUUUACUCCCUGUUUCACUUAGCAAAACUGCCUUUUCUUCGCAUAGGAGGAGGGGGUGCAACUUGUAACAAUUAUCAGUAAGAAACUAUGUUCACUUUUGAAUAUUUGUAAAGAAGAAACGCAAAAAUUGUUUUGGAAGAGAGAUCUUAGGUGUAAAAAAAAAAGGUUAUUUACAAAAACUGAAUACGUCUUCAGAUCAAUUCUACACUUUUGCAAUUGGUCUUUAAGCCUAUUGCGCAACGGCCACCAUCUUUUUCCAAAAUGAGUUCCAUCAACUCAAAUAUGUUGACUGCCACUGCUUCCCGCUACGGAUAUAGUAAUAUUCAUGAUUUAAACUAUAUUUUAUUACUAUAUAUUUGAAAAGCAAUACUAAAAAAAGGUAUCAUUUGUCUGAAUUUCCUAUUAAUCCCUAUUAAGACUUUGUAUGCAAACAGAAACAUGUUAUGGAUCUAUAUAUUUCAAAAAAACUGGGGAGCUUUCUCUUUAAAAACCUGUUUUUCUUUGUUUUUUAGGUGUUUCCUUUGUAUAGUUCAGCUAGUUUCAGUACUGUCAUGUCAUGUUUGUGAUGAAAAGUCUUCUUCCUUUAAUUCACUGUGAUAUUCCAGUUGAGUGUAUAAUGGUGCUUUGAGAUGAGCUGUUAAGUGGAAGAUUUGUUGUUUAACAUAUCUUAAAUUCUUUUCCUUGAUCAAAUCGACACGA